AUGCUCUCGUCCUACCAGCAGGUCAACGUCAGUGCAUCAUUGAUUGCGAAUGGCUUGGACAGCGGACAGUACCAGAACCCGCAGGCGUACAGAGUUGGGGGCGGUGGGAGCGGAGGUUCUAUCAUCCUUGACGCCCCGGAAGUCAUCAUCACAGCGGAGAUAUCCGCGAAUGGGGGUAAUGCGGACAAGUCCAAUAGGCCCGGAGGCGGUGGUUCGGGAGGGAGGAUCGCUAUCCUAGGCUCGAUCAAGCACAUCACUGGCCUCUUGCACGUCAUUCCAGGCAAAGGCUACGUGGCUUAUCCGCCGAGGUAUGGGACGGUAUACUACGGUGACUACUUGGACGCGGCCUAUGUCCCAUCCAUGGUGUGCAGCACCUGUCCCGCCGACUCAUACUACGAUGUGAACCACUGUGCUUCCUGCCCUUUUGGCUCUGUGUCGCCGGUGGGAAGCACGGCUCUAUCGGACUGUGUGUGUGCACAAGGGUACACCAGAGUGGGCGGGGUGUGUAAUUCAUGCCCGGUGGGGACCUUCAAGAACACGAGCGGGGAUGAGUCUUGCACCGCCUGCAAGCCGGCUUCGACGACGAACAAGGCAGGAGCCACACAUCAGUACGAAUGUUUCUGCAACCCUGGGACUUACGGUAGCUCCUCCAUUGGCUGCAAGCAGUGCGGGGUGGGGGAGUACAACCCGUAUUCCAACCAGACGUCGUGUGUCAACUGCCCUGUACCGAGGAUCACCACCUCGAACGGCACAAGCAGCCUUUCCGGUUGUGUAUGCGACCCUGGUUAUUAUCAAGAGUCGAACGGCGAUUGCAUGCCUUGCAGCCCUGGGACGUACAAGGACAUUGCGGGGAAUGAGGCCUGCACUGCGUGCCCAACCGGGAGGGAUUCUGCCAUCUUCGGGGGUGUAUCGCUCAGCAGUUGCUACUGCCUCCCUGGGUAUACAGGUUUAGAUUGCAACCCCUGCGGUCCGGGAUACUACAAAGAGGUGGUAGGGAGCGGUUCCUGCCAGGCCUGCCCACCAGGGUACUUUCAGCCUGUGCAGGCCGCAACCUCGCCAGCCCGUUGCCUCCCUUGCUCCCUAGGUUACUACUCGGAUGUCAACGCUUCCCGGUCACCCUGCACUGCCUGUCCCAUCAACACCUAUGCGGACACCCUUGCAUCGGUACAAUGUACUCCCUGCCAGGGGAACAGCUCCUCUUCAGAGGGAGCCAUCAGUCAGAGCCGCUGCCUCUGUAACCCUGGAUACGAUGCUUACUCUCCCGGCGUAUGCGAGCCGUGCUCCGUGGGGUACUACAAGGGAUCCUUGGGUAACGUGGCUUGUCAGAUAUGUCCCGAUGGCUACUAUUCUGAUCAUGGCGCUACCACUGCCUGCACGGUCUGCCCCGCCAACUCCUGGGCACCCACGGGAUCCGCUACAGUGUCCGCCUGUCUCUGCAUCCCGGGCUACACCUUGGUGGGAGGCUCAUGUGAGCCCUGCCCUGCUGGCACGUACAAGCCUACGAUAUCCAAUGCAAACUGUACAUCUUGCCCAGCGAUCACUUACUUGCCCUACACCGGGUCGACGAACGAGAGCCAGUGCUUCGCCUGCCCUCCCCACUCUACCUCGGGUGUGGGCACACCGGUCAUCUCUGGCUGUGCCUGCGAUAGUGGAUACCAGAGGGUGCAGGACAGCUGCCUCGAGUGUGGCGCCGGCCAGUACUCCAUCGGACAAGGCCAGUGCGCCGAGUGCCCAGCCAACACCUACACGGUCAUGCCGACAGCAACCUCUGUUCUUUACUGCUCCUUCUGUCCCAACAACACGUUUUCACCCCCCGGGUCAUCGAUCAUCUCUGCAUGUACAUGCCUUGCCGGCUACAUUGCUGCCCAGGACGGAUUGGCCUGUACUCCCUGUCCGGCUGGAACAUACAAGACUACAACCGGGGGGACUUUCUACAACGCGUCAGGGGCAUGCCAGGAGUGUCCCAUCGAUACCUACACGGAAGUACAAGCGCAGACAUGGGCAUGCACGCCCUGCCCGGCUUACUCCUACACACUGCAAUCCCGGACAUCGAAUGCAAGCCACUGCAUAUGUGAGUCGGGGCAUUACAGGGUGUCAAAAACGCUCUGCAACCCUUGCACUCCCGGUUCGUACAAGCAUGACAGCUCCGCGCCUGGAAAGCCCUGUGACCUUUGUCCGAUUGAUACUUAUCUCCCAGUGUAUGGAUCUAUCGGACCCUGCUUUCCAUGCAUCAACCACACCACUACCCUUGGCCUUACAGGGAGAGUAUACGCCAGAGAUUGCGUCUGUAAUCCCGGUUACUACGGUAGCGGAAAUUCGUCCUGCAGUCUGUGCCCGAAGAACCACUACUGCCUAGGCGGGUUGAACGCCCUUCAGUGUCCCUUUGGUUCGUAUUCCAAGGUCGGUGCACCCAACAUUUCAAGCUGUGUCUGCCUUGCCGGAUUUCACGGCGCGGGCGGGAACUGCCUCAUAUGCCCCCCCAACCACUACUGCGCGGGAGGCGCCAGCAUCCUUCCCUGCUCUAACAACUCCUAUUCACCCGAGAGUUCGACUUCUAGCAGCAACUGCACCUGCCGGAACGGCUACCUUCAGAACUUCAUCGUAUGCCCGGCGGGUUACUACGGGGUGGGGCACGGGGAUUGCACGCUGUGCCACGCAGGAACCUACAACAACAGGACGGGUCAGCUUGCAUGUGAGGCCUGCCCCAUACUCGUGCCGGUCUCCCCGGUCGGGAGCGUCUCUAUCUACCAGUGCGGAUGCUUGAAGCAUGGCGACAUAUGUGUCUGCCCUCCUGGCACGGGUGGUUACAACUAUCCCAACUGCACGGUGUGCCCUACAGGGACGUACAGCACAGGGAACGGUACGAUCUACUGCACCUCCUGCCCUGCCAUCCGUCCGUACAGCCCACCAGGCACCAAGGACGUCACAGGGUGUGGAUGCCGAUCCGGGUACUACGGGACAAGCAGCUUCGAUACGCCGUGCCAACCCUGCCCGAGCGACAAGGCCUACAGCCCGCCGGGGUCGCAAUUCCUGUCCGACUGCAGCUGCCCUUCAGGGUACGUGUCCGCCUCGGACUCCUGCGUGGUGUGCCAGCAGGCGGUGGUGCCGGUCGCUUGCCCCGCAGACCGUCCGCUGUCGAGCCCCUACGCGGUUUCGGCCGCCAGCUGCUUCCCCUGCGCGGACGGCUACAACGCGACGGCGGCGGCACUUGCACUGUCUGGCCCCAACGCCUCUGUCGUCACCACAACCCUGGCACCCCAGAACGCCACCAACGCGACGGACACCUGCAGCUGUCCCACCCUCUAUGUUGCGAUUUCGGACGGGUGCGUGGUGUGUUCCAACGCCAUCAACCCGGUCCCUUGUCCAGGUCCCACACCCUACUCCCCCGACGCCUCUACUUCCGCGACCCAGUGCAGUGCCUUUGCAGUAUGA